UCUGGUCUUAUCCUUCUUGGCAAUGGUUGCUGCAUCGAUCUGUUUAGCCAUGAUGACGAUAUCUACUGACGGUAGUUUUUUCUUUAUUUUUUAUUGCAUUGAUUGUGGCUGAUUCUUAUAAUACACGUUUUUAAACCCUUUGAUCUGAAUUGAUCCAGCCAUCUUUCACUCUAUUUCACUGUAUGCUCUAAUACAUCAUGAAAGUAAAAUCUCAGUAGGAUCGAUAGUUUUGUAGUUUGAAUUUUAGUGACGUCAUGUGAAAACCAACAAUACUGGGAGAGAAAUAAGCGUCUCAAACUCCAUUGGGUUAGCUUAUAGUUGGAAGGAAAUUUAUGUCAGUAAUUUUCAGCAAGUUUAAUUUUUACUGUGGCUCACUUCGAGGACGUAGAUCUGUCUAAAACUCAGCCAUGCAGGUUCCUUGUCUAUAUGGACCGGGGAAAUCCAAGCCAAAACUGAAAAAUGAACUACGCAAACAGCAAAAUACUGUGACACUUUUUGACUGCAAUCAUUUGGCACACGUAAUAAUUCUUAGGCAAAAGCAAAAAUUUAUGUGUUACUGUUCAGUUUUUUCUUUGUGUCGUUUUGUUUUUUAAUUUGAGGGCAAUUUCCGAGUACAAGCUCCCGGGGGCUUGUAUUUAGAGGGGCGAUUUAUGGGAGGGUUUUUUGCGUUGCGAGUUUGGUGGGCUUAUAUUUGGAGGACCUUAUACGGCAUGGAGAGGCUUAUUUCGGAAUUUUACGGUAUUUAUUGAUUCAUUAAUGAUGUUUUAGUUUUUUUGAUUUUGUAAUUUCUUUGCCUAGUUUUUGCAAUUGGGAGUGUUCCGGGGAUCCGACCCGUCAGGGGGUGUUCCGCGGUAUUCUGGGGUGUCCUGAGGGUGUCCCGGGGGUGUUCCUGGUCUUACAGACACUCAAAAUAGAGCCUGAACUAUUUAAUCAUACCCCUGAAUUACAUCGGUUCCUCUUUAGUUGCGCAUGUUGUUAGACAUGCGAAGAGGCGAGUGAGUGUCUUGAUGUGACUGAUUUGCUUGAAAAACCAAGGUGGCCUCGUUACGCUUCUGUCACCACGCUCUUAAGUACUAUUUUCGUUCUUUAACACACGCCAAACAAACAGUCGCUUGCAAAUGAACCUACAUGUACAGCCUCUAACAACAGACCGCAGGCUAGGGAUACAUGAUGCGGCAGUUAGAACUUGAUUGUCGUGAAUUUUGUUAACAACAUUUGACAUUUUCUUUAUUGCCAUAUUGAAACCUUCAACGUAUUUUUGACUUUACAAUUUGAUGACGUCACUGUGAAAAGUAUCUAUUCUAGCUGGUCGUCUUUAAUACCUUAUAAACUCCAUUUAUGGACAUUGUCUAUCACUCAAGCCCAUUUUAUAUAAUUUUCUGUGUAUUUCCGUAUAGAUCGAGUUGAUAGUGCUUGGUCUUUAUGGAGCCCUUGGGGUCCCUGUUCUGUUACAUGUGGGGGAGGAAACCAAAGCAGGGUCCGCGAUUGCACCAAUUCCCCUCCUUCAAGGGGUAGAAAUGCCUGUCUUGGCCGGAGAGUGGAGUCACAAGCUUGCAACCCACAGAACUGCUCCAGUAAGUAUUGAACAGUAGCAUUUGUGCAGGUAAAUUUUUAUUUAAAC